AUGAAAUUUAUUGUGAUAUUAGUAGACAUUUUAUAGAAUUUCAUGAAAAAUCAAAAUAGAAAAGGAAAGCCUAAAUUAGGAUAAGUCUGUUCCCUAAUUCUUUUUAAAAGUUGUUCAUAUAUUUAAAAAGUGCAAGAAAUAGUAAUAUCUUUAUUAUUUAACUUUUCAUUCUUCAAAAGACUAGUAAGAUGUAAUGCCAUAAAAUCAGGAGUUAAAGAAAUUGGAAAUAUGUUUGAAAAACCAAGUUUGAAUUCUUGUUUGAGUUAAUUAAAGAAAGAUUAUUGCAUUUUUCAAAAGGGAUAAGAGGUUAUGAGAAAGUUUUUUCUAUUUUUAAAAGAAAUAUCUAAUAUUUCUGAAUGUAAAACUAAAUGGAGCUAUAAUCUAAAUUUAUAAUUUCAUUAUUCAAUAGCUCAUGCUAACAAAUAUUAAUAUAUAUAAGUUUUUCACAAUAAAGCAUUCGAAGGCUUCUUAAAAAUAUUUUAAUUUCAUUCUUUUGUUAAAUACAGUUAUUAACUCAAAUUUAACCAAAAACUAUUAUUUUUUAGUUUUCACUACUCAUUUAAAUUGACAAUUUCUCUCAUGUUACUUUUUUAUUUGUUUAUAAUUUACAUCAUCAUAAUAGUGUAAAUGAAUCAAUAUUCAUUUCUAAAUAAUUAAACACAUCAAAAAUAUUUUUAUAUGAACUAAUUUUGGAAAAAAUAAUUUUAAAUAAACAGUUAUCUGUGA